GCACAUUCGCGAUAUAGGUAGUCACGUAAAGACAAUUUGAAUAAUGUUUUACUAACAAUAUUCUUUAGCGCAUUGUUUCGGUGCGAGCGACUGGGCACGUAUAUUUUUUUUAUUACAUACGUUUCAAUGGUCGCGCCGCGUUCUCACGCCUCGCGAAAUUGUGAAAAAAAAAGGUUGUUUUCUGUGUUUUGCGUUAUUAAUAGUUUGUGAUAUUAUUAAACAGUCCUUGUGAAAACAUCUUUUUUGUAUGUGUGUAGUGGUCUAAAAUCGUAGAGCAGGAAAAGUAAACUUACACAAUGAUGGCCAACAGGGAGACUGGAAUAGUAAAUGAAGCAUUGGAAAUUCAAGAAGAUGACAACAUUAAUAUUAACUAUAACAACAAUAUAGCUGAUUGUGUGGAUGAAAAUAAUGCUGAACUUGAGAAUAUAAGUGAUAAUAACGAUAAACUAAAUGAUAAAAUCCUUGAUGAUGAAGAAAAGUUACAAAUUGAGGAAAACGUCAAUAAUAAACGGACCGUCAAUGACGACAAUUACAGCGCAGAAAGUAGUAAUAUAAAUGCAGAAAAUGUAAGAAGUUUUAAUGAUAAUGGGAGUGAUGAAAAUUAUUUUGAAAUAGACGAUGGUAAUUUAAGAAAAUUGAAGAAGUUUUCUGGUGUUUUUAUAAGUUUACGUAAGAAAACUAAGAAAAAAGUGUGGAACAGACGAUCGUUUCGAGAAUACAAUCUGGAAAACGAAAGCAUAGAGCGUGAACCCGAGCUGACGCGGAGCCAGUAUUCGCUCGUGUCGCAGGAUCUCACGGCGGGUGCACUGCAGCUGUGGCUCGGGUUACCCGAGGAGGUGAAAUACGACCCGGCGCUCGCGGCCUUCAGGCAGUUCUAUGAGAAGGAGACGGCUCAAGAAUCCCUCCCCCUCCGCCCUCGAAAAUCAUCAGCACCGAAGGUCAAGCGGCUUCCAGCCGUCAACUCAGCACCCCACCUCAACAAUAAUGAAAGGAUCUCCGUCGAUCCACAAGUGGAGAAUGGAUCCGUGUACUUUACGCAAGACAGCAAACCUCCUGUGGAAUCCACGGAGACAAACAAUCACUUACUACAAGGACAGAAGAAGCCUUCAAAGUGGGACAAAGCUCGGAGCUACACCAAGAUGACACUCCUGGUGGGUUGCUGGGUGUUCUUCACCGUCGUAUUCUGCCUCUUCAAUGAGAAGGAGGUCAUCGCCAGGAACUGUGUGCUUAUUCCUGGACAGAUCAAAGAUUACAUACUCGAGAUCCCGAAGAGCCACCUAACACUAUUGGUGAGCGUAUCAGGACCGUUCCUGACCGAGCAGCAGGAACAGAAUAUGAACCUUACGGAGAAGAACUCAAGGUCCAAAGUCGAUGUGUGGGUGGAGCGAUGGGCUGUAGGAGAUGCGGACGAAGUUAAAGAAUUAGAUAUUAUUGAAAGAGAGAAUUUCACCCGACCUCACUCAUUCGUCUUUCUGGACACGAACGAAUUGGAAUUCAGUGAAGCCACGCCGCGGUCGGCUAAGUUCGAGCACCAUUCGAAUUUGAACUCAACGGCCAUUUAUGUUAUCAGAAUGUUGUCAGACUCGGCGGUGGCGACUCCCUUAUCGUUAAGUUACCAGGACGGCCCGAUAGAUGUCGCCGACGGCGUCACUUACGCGUGUCUGCUUUUGGUCAUGCUGUAUGCUUUGAUCAUAUUUGAGCUAAUAAACCGCACUUUAGCAGCAAUAUUGGUGUCGACGUUGUCACUGGCAGUCCUGUCGUUGGUGGGUGAACGACCCUCAGUAGAGCAGUUGGUGUCGUGGCUGGACGUGGAAACUCUGCUGCUGCUGCUCAGCAUGAUGCUGCUCGUGGCUAUCAUGGCAGAAACUGGCAUGUUUGACUUUCUGGCCGUCUUCACUUUUCAGGUGACGAAGGGCAAGAUGUGGCCGCUGAUCAACGUUUUGUGUGCUAUCACAGCCGUGCUCUCUACUUUCCUGGACAACGUCACAACCGUGCUGCUCAUAACGCCCGUCACCAUCAAACUGUGCGAGGUUAUGGAGAUGCACCCGAUUCCUGUUCUGACAGCUAUGGUGCUGUACAGCAAUAUCGGUGGAACAGCCACGCCGGUUGGCGACCCACCCAACGUGAUCAUAGCUUCCAACCAGGUCGUCAUGCAGUCGGGCAUCAACUUCGCAAACUUCACACUACACAUGACGCUAGGAAUCAUGCUGGUGUGUCUGCAAACCUACUUUCAAUUGCGGUUCAUGUAUCGGGACGUAAGCAAGCUGCGACCGAGCGAGCCACGGGAGAUACAAGAUCUGAGGAGACAACUAAACGUCUGGCGUCGAGCAGCAGACUCGCUUCCUCACAUGAGCAAGGAUGAGUUAGUCGUAAAGGAGCGGUUAGAACGUAAGGUCCAAAAGAUCAGCUCGCAGUUGGCCGUCGCGCUAAAGGAGAGCAAUAAGCGCGCCUGCCCCAAAGACACCUUCCAAAGGACUCUGUCCGAGCUCAAGGAAAAGCACAAGAUCCGGGAUAAAAAGCUGCUGAUAAAGUCAUGCGUGGCCAUCGGAUUUGUGGUCAUCAUGUUCUUUCUCCACGCUUUUCCUGAAUUCAAUCGCGUGUCGCUCGGCUGGACAGCGUUACUCGGCGCCAUCUUGCUCCUGAUCCUGGCUGACAGGGAAGACAUAGAAUCCAUCCUGCACAGGGUGGAGUGGUCUACGUUACUGUUCUUCGCGGCUCUCUUUGUACUUAUGGAGGCAUUGACCAAGCUUGGUCUGAUCAACUACAUCGGCGGGCUGACUGAAGCUCUCAUCAUGAGGGUCCACGAAACUCAUCGGCUGGCGGUCGCUCUGCUCCUCAUACUCUGGAUAUCCGGCUUAACAUCAGCGUUCGUAGACAACAUCCCGCUGACAACGAUGAUGGUGCGCGUGGUGACGUCACUGGGCACCAACCCCGCGCUGGCGCUGCCCCUGGCGCCGCUCAUCUGGGCGCUGUCGUUCGGAGCCUGCCUGGGAGGUAACGGCACAUUAAUCGGUGCAAGCGCAAACGUGGUGUGCGCGGGAGUGGCGGAGCAGCACGGCUACAAGUUCACCUUCGUGCAGUUCUUCAAAGUCGGCUUCCCUAUCAUGAUUGGGCAUUUGAUCGUUGCCAGCGGAUACCUGAUCGUAUGCCAUUGUCUUCUUACGUGGCACUGAAGCCUUAGGUACGGCGCUUCGGAAAUUAAAACCCAGUACACGAAGCACUGGAUCCUUGAAGAUCUACAUUAAAUUUGAAGAUUGGAUAUUUUUUGGUGUGCGCGGGAGUGGCAGGGCAGAACGGAUAGUACAGCUACAACACAUUCGUGCAGUUCUUUAAAGUCGGCUUCCCCAUCAUGAUUGGGCAUUUGAUCGUUGCCAGCGGGUACCUGAUCGUAUGCCAUUGUCUUCUUACGUGGCACUGAACCCUUAGGUCCGGCUUCGGAAAUUCGACUUGAAUUUGUUCUUUUAAAGUUACAUCGGGGCUUAACAGGGAAGAAUAGCUUUUUGAAUCUAGCCAAGUAACGGUAAUUUUUCUAUGAAAUUCUUCUUCUUAUGAAAAUCUUAACAAAUCACUGUGAUUUUGAUGUCGAUCACUGAAGUACAACCUCUUAAGAGGAAAGUAUAGCACCUGAUUAUCAAUACAAAAAGAGAAAACGUUUUUCCUCUUCUUUUUUUCCAUUCUACAAGUUUUUUUUUUUUUCAAAAUUUGCAAAACAAUAAACACAAAACAAUUUUUUUUAUUUUUCAUAAAAGUGAAACCUAU